AAAUUUUCUAUAGCAAUGGCGCUUGAAGCUCUUAAUUCACCAAGAUUGGUCGAGGAUCCCUUAAGAUUCAAUGGCGUUGAGCAGUGGACCAAAUGUAAGAAACGAUCCAAACGUUCGAGAUCUGAUCUUCAUCAUAACCACCGUCUCACUGAGGAAGAGUAUCUAGCUUUCUGUCUCAUGCUUCUUGCUCGGGAUGGCGGCGAUCUUGACUCUGUGACGGUUGCGGAGAAGCCGAGUUAUAAGUGUGGCGUUUGUUACAAGACGUUUUCGUCUUACCAAGCUCUCGGCGGUCAUAAAGCGAGCCACCGGAGCUUAUACGGUGGUGGAGAGAAUGAUAAAUCGACACCAUCCACCGCCGUGAAAUCUCACGUUUGUUCGGUUUGCGGGAAAUCUUUCGCCACCGGUCAAGCUCUCGGCGGCCACAAGCGGUGCCACUACGAUGGUGGCGUUUCGAACUCGGAAGGUGUGGGGUCUACUAGCCACGUCAGCAGUAGUAGCCACCGUGGAUUUGACCUUAAUAUUAUACCGGUGCAGGGAUUUUCGCCGGACGACGAAGUGAUGAGUCCGAUGGCGACUAAGAAGCCUCGCCUGAAGUAAGUCUUUGUUGAAGACCUGGAAGUUUAUCAAAUGUAAAUAUCAAAUUUCAAUUUCAAGGAACAGUUUUGUUGAUUCUAUUACCAAUACACAAUACGAUUCAAUUCC